CAUCCACAUUCACAUGUGUUAUGUGCGCAUACAAGCAAACACACAAAUUAAAUGUCGACUUACACAUUCUUACAUCUUAUCAAAUUUAUUGUAAGCCAAAGAUCAUUUCAACCGAAGUUCAAUCAUUAACAGUUACUUGCUAAAAAAAACCAACUGUCACAUAACAUAUUUUACUUAAUUGUUUUGUUUUGCUCAAACAAUUAACAUUUAAUUGUAAUAAUAUUUAAAGUUUUAACAUCAGACAACAAUUGUCUGGACUUUAAGUUUUUUUGUCAGUUUACUGUAACGUUUUAAACGCAUGCCGAUAGUGACAUUGUUAAAUGAUAAUUGAUAAUUCAGAAUGGCAACUCCCACAAACAACCGGAAACCUGGAGUUAUAAUUUUAGGAGGAUGUGGUUUCAUUGGAAGGAACCUCGCGGCUUACCUGAUUGAGCAAGAACUAGUUUCAUACAUUAGAAUUGUGGAUAAAGUGCCUCCACAGACUGCUUGGCUCAAUAAAAAACAUCAAUUAAUAUUUGAAAAUCCACUAAUUGAAUUCAAAAGUGCUAAUCUAAUAAACCCUGUUUCGUGCCAAAAUGCCUUUGUCACUGACAAUCCCAUUGACUACGUGUUUAAUUGUGCGGGAGAAACUAAAAGUGGCCAAACAGAUCCAGUUUACCGAGAAGGUAUCUAUAAAUUAAGCAUCAAUUGCGCUCAACAUGCUGUCAAACUUGGAGUCAAACGUUUUGUUGAAAUAUCAUCGGGGAAUAUGAGUUCAUCAGAAAAAGCUCCUCAUAAGGAAGAUGACCCAACCGAUCCAUGGACAUUUAUUGCUAAACAUAAAUUACAAGUGGAAAAUGAUUUAAAAAAUAUUCCAGGACUUAAAUAUACAAUACUCCGUCCAGCGGUUGUUUAUGGAGUAGCAGAUAAAAGUGGUCUAGCUCCGCGUCUUGUCGUUGGCGCUGUUUACAAACAUUUGGGUGAAAUGAUGAAAUUACUCUGGGGUCCUAAUCUUCACAUGAAUACUGUCCAUGUAAUUGAUGUAGCCCGAGCAUUGUGGCAUGUAGCUAUCAGAGAUGAUACAGUCGGUCAAGUUUACAAUUUAGUUGAUGAAGGAGAUUCCACACAAGGAUCUAUAAGUGCCAUGGUUUCGGAAUUAUUCAAUAUUAAUCAUGACUAUUGGGGUACUGCUCUUUCUACAUUAGCCAAAACGGACAUGAGUACGGUCGUUGAAGAAGUCAACGACAAACACAUGGGUCCCUGGGCAGAAGCUUGCACUAAAGAUGGUAUAGAAAAUAGUCCUUUGUCGCCAUACAUUGAUCAGGAAUUGUUGUACAACAAACAUCUUUAUUUAUAUAAUGGAAAGUUACUUAAGAUUGGAUUUAAUUACAACUAUCCAAAAGUUACCAAGGAACUAUUGAAAGAGAUGCUCGAUGAUUAUGUUUCAAUGAAAAUUUUUCCACAUUCAUUAAUGCUGUAGAAAAAAUCCAAGCUGCCAAUACUCGACGAUGCAAUAAUGACUAAUUCAAUAAGGCCUAGAAUUAUAAAUUUUAGACCCUUAAGUCUGUCAUAGAGAUAAAAAUUUUCACCUCGUGCCUAAUAUUCUUUCGGAAUCAUAUAUUAGAUUAAUGCGUUAUGUGUCUCAUUGAUAUUUGGCUAUUUAUUGACAUUUAUCCCAUAAAUUGUAAUUAUAAAAAAAAAAGUUAUUAACUUUAAAAAAGACAUCACGUUACUAAAAUUUAAAAAAUUUCAAUUUAACUAAUUUUAAAUUAGUUAGUUAUUGAAAAUUAGGUAAUGAUACAUAUUUAUAUAUAUUAGCAGUCAAUUUCCAUUGAAUAAAUACACAUUAAAAAAAAGUCUGCUACUGUAUUGUGAUAAACACAGGAACGCACGUACUUAAUAAUAUUAAUUGCCUGAAAAUUCGAUAGUUUUAUUAAUUGUAAUUAAUUGUGACUGGAUACUAGUCAGGAUAUGAGGCCUAAAUCAAAGUGAAUUCAAUUAAUUUGAUGGUGUAAAAUAGACAUAACGUUCACUAGGCAUAAUAAUAAUAUUAGUGUAUCUAUUUUUUUUUUUAGACAACAAUCUACUUUGAAUAAGUCGCGCUCCUAAUUCCAGGCAUAUGAUGUAUGUAGGUCUAGUAUUAGAUCUAAAAAAAAAUAUAAAUUUUUAUUUUUGGGCUCAAUCGCUUAGAGAUGGUUUGGAAUAAAUAUUUUGAUAAUAAUAAAAAUUAAAACGAAAAAGGCCUAUAAAUAUACAUCUCUGAUUGGGAAAUUUGGAUCGGAAGGUUCCGUAUAAAUCCAAUUGAAAGUUAAUCGGAAAUCGGAAAUUUAAUAGGAAAAAUAAAAAAUAAUUAUUUUCUCAUGGGAUCUGAUUAAAAAAUUUGUAUCUGAUAAUUGGAAAGCUGCCAAGCAAUUCUGAUAAAGUGUUUGUUUCCAAUGGAAUCUGAUAGAAAUUCAAUUGAAUCUCAAUCGGAUUUAAUUGAAUUUUAUUGGAAAGUUAAUCGGAAACAAAAUUAUUAUUUUCUGAUCGAUUCUGAUUAAAAAAUUUCUGUUAGAUUUAAUUGAAAAAUAAAUUUAUUAUUUUCUGAUAAAAUCCGAUUCAAUCUAAUUGAAAAAUCUUAUUCGAAUUUAAUUGGAAAAUUCUAAAUGAAUCUGAUUAGAAGUUAAUUAAUAUUGGAAAAAAAUUAAUAUUUUUUUAUUGAAUCUAAUCUAAAAAUUUUAAUGGGAUUUAAUUUAAUUGUCAUAAAAAUUAAACCCGCGAAUAGGAAUUUAAUUACAAUGAAAAAAAUUAGUCAAAAGAAAUUUUGAAAUUUUCCAGUGAUUUUUGAGUCUGUAUUCAAGUGAAAAAUGGUCGUAUCGUGAAUUUAAAAAAAGGCAUUUUGUAGGUUAAGAUUCUAAUUUUCAGAUUUUUAGGUUAACAAUUUUUGGGAAUCACCUGUCGCUUUAGAGUCACGAAAUUGAUCAAAAACAAAAUUUGUUCAUACGCCUUUUGUUCAUUAACUAAAAAAUUGAAAAUAAAUUAAUUCUAAAACGGCAUAUAUUUACUGUUAUACGCUAUUUUGAUAAUAUUUUGAAUUACUUUUGAUAAAUUUCGUGAUUCUAAAGCGAUAGGUGAAUUUAAAAAAAUUAUGUCUUUUUGGUAUUAGGGGCGCAAAGUGCUUUUUGCACUAUUUCUUAAAUAGCGUAAUAAGAAUAUACAAUGUCUUAUUUUUUUUUUAAACUUUUUAAGGAUUUUUAUAAAGACAGUUUACUUAGCAUUCCAAUUUUAAUAUAAAAUACUUUUGACGUGAUGGAAUAGGUUUAUUUAUGAUAGUAGAUGGAAAAAUUGAGUACAAAUAGUAUUAUAAAUGAUGAUUGAAUUGUUACUAAAAUAAAUUUCGAUAACAUAUUUGCUGUUGUUAUACCGCCAAGUGAAGUUGAUUACACAAUAAAUAAAAUUGUUAUUUUAACAAAAUUAAUAAUUAAAUAAGCAAUAUGCUAAUUUUAAAUUGUACUGACAGACGAUCUUCCUCAAUUUAAAUUAUUCUACUAUUUAUUAAAAAACUCGUGUUAAUAUUUUAGGUAUGCUACCAUAUUUUGAUAUUAAAUUUGCUCAUAGAUAAACUUAAUUUUGUGUUUUCUUUUAAUACCAUUUUUUUUUGUACUAGACCUGCACCGAAAGUUUAAAUUCCUGUCCUGUUUGGUGGGAAAAAAGACAUUAAUUUUCAUUGCUAUAAAAAAUCAUAAAUAACAUAAAUAAAUAAAAUUCUUAUAAUUAAUUAAGAGGUCUUAUACCCUUCAAAUAAAUUGGUCAAAAAACUUUCAGAAAAAAGGAGUUACCCCAUGUGGCCUGGGUGAGGUGUGGCCGUUAAGGGUUAAGACAUAAAUAUUUUUUAAAAAAAUAACAUUUUACGGUCUUAUUUUUUUUAUUGAAUUAUCGCAACAAUACGGUGUCAACAAUAUUGUUAAAUAUUUCGUAUAUUGUUUUUAUUUUAAUACUUGUUUUUUUUAUUUUAUUUUAUUAUUUUUUAUUAAACAAUAAGAUGAUGCAAUGAAUUAUACAUGUAAUAUAUUAAAAUAUAUACUUUCAAUAUUU